AUGGCCUACUCCGCCGAGCUUCGCCUCGCUCUGCAAGCCGUACACCGGGCGUCAUUGCUCACCAAAUCCGUUCUCCGGAGCCUAUCCAACAACGUGUCUGCGGAGACAAAGGCAGAUGACAGUCCCGUGACCAUUGCGGACUUCGCCGCUCAAGCCCUCCUCAUAUCCGCCCUGCGUGCCGUGUACCCAACAGACGCGUUUCUGGGCGAGGAAAGCGCAGAUGCAUUGCGUCAAAACGAGACACUCGCUGACCGCGUCUGGCAGCUCGUGCAACAGGCAAAGGACGAGACUCAUGCAGGCAGCUCCGAGAACGAGAAGGGGGACGGAAACGCUGUCCAGAAGGAGGAGCUGGCUUUCCCGAAAAGUAAAGAAGAGAUGUUCGAGCUCAUCGAUAGGGGUGGGAAAGGGGAAAUCACCAGAAGAGGCCGAACAUGGGUCAUGGACCCCGUGGAUGGCACAGCAACGUUUAUGCAGGGCCAGCAGUACGCUGUUUGUCUGUGUUUGCUCGUCGAUGGCGUACAGCAAGUCGGUGUCAUUGCGUGUCCCAACCUCGCUUUCCCUGUCCAAGGGGAACUGGGCCAAACAGCGAUCCACGAGGACCAAGUCGACAAAGAUGGCUUUGGCGUCAUACUCUCCGCCGUCAAGGGCCAAGGCACCUUUAUCCGCUCCAUGAACAGUACCCUUUCCGCUGGAUUCGGAGAACCCCGCCAUGUAGACCGGACCACGCUUCCUCAAAAGAAAACCUCGGAACUAAACUUUGUCGAAGCAACACUAGGCAAGACAUCUCUCUCCCAGUCCGAACACAACGCCGUUGCCACCACUCUUGGUGCGCAAUGGCCAGGCACCAUUCUCUGGUCUCAGCAGAUGAAAUACGUGGCUCUUACCCUUGGAGCUGCGGAUGUCAUGGUGCGCAUCCCAAAGACUAAAGACCGCUUUACGUAUAUCUGGGAUCACGCCGGUGGGCACCUUCUUUUCCAGGAAGCGGGCGGCGUUAUCAGCGAUUUCAAGGGUGAACAGAUUGAUUUUGCGAAUGGAAGGAAGAUUACCGGAGAGAGGAACUGGGGUAUGAUUGCUUGUAUGCCUGGGUUGUUUGAGGAGGUGGGGAGGGCGGUUAUGGAGGUCUUGAAGAAGAGGGAGGGGUGA